AUGACUAAGGGAACAAAUCUAGUAAAGGGAGGGAAAAAAAUUCUCUCCAAGAAAAGAACAUCCGAAGAGGUUGAGGCAGAAACCAAUGUCAAUGUCAAUAAAGACGAAUUUAAAGUAGAUGGUCUUCUUGAUGGUGCAAGUGACAGUGAAAGUGAUAACGAAGAUGCAGAAGACGAUGAAGCCUUUGAAUCAGCCGUUGAAGAGAGAGAAUCUGAGUCCUCCGAUAUUGAAGGUCAAGAAAUAGAACAGGAACAGAAACAAAACCAUGUGCAAGAUGAAAUGUCUGAUUCUGAAGAUGAAUUGAAUAAAUUAUUCGCCCAAGAAGCUGAAGGAAACGAUGAUGAAGAAGAAUAUAAUACAUCUGAUUUUGAUGAUACAGACGAUACGAAGUCCCUCGUUGACAAAUUAUCAGGUAUCCAAUUAAAAACAAUCGCCGACCCAAAUAUCUACACCAAAUAUAUAGAUGGUACACCAAGAAUUAUCAAACCAGAAAUUAAUCCAGUAUAUGAUAGUGAUGAUAGUGAUGUCGAAACGAAAAACACAAUUGGUAAUAUCCCAUUAUCUGCCUAUGAUGAAAUGCCACAUAUCGGUUAUGACAUCAACGGUAAGAGAAUCAUGAGACCAGCUAAGGGGUCUGCAUUAGAUCAAUUAUUAGAUACUAUAGAAUUACCGGAAGGUUGGACUGGGUUAUUGGAUCAAGACUCUGGUGCUGGUUUGAAUUUGACUGAAGAAGAACUAGAGUUGAUUUCCAAGAUUGGUAGAAAUGAACAAACUGAUGACCAAACUAAUCCAUAUGAACCAUAUGUAGAUUGGUUUACAAGACAUGAAGAAGUCAUGCCUCUAACUGCUAUUCCGGAACCAAAAAGACGUUUUAUUCCUUCCAAGAAUGAAGCAAAGAGAAUAAUGAAAAUUGUUAGAGCCAUUAGAGAAGGUCGUAUUAUCCCACCAAAACAAUUAAAAGAGAUACGAGAAAAGGAAAAACUUGAAAAUGAAUAUAAGUACGAUUUAUGGGGUGAUUCAGAAGAAACAAAUGACCAUGUCAUGAAUUUAAGAGCACCAAAAUUAUUACCACCAACUAAUGAAGAAAGUUAUAAUCCUCCAGAAGAAUAUCUUUUGACCGAAGAAGAAAAGAAAGAAUGGGAAAAUACUGAGUUUAGUGAAAGAGAGAAAAAUUUCAUUCCACAGAAAUAUGGUUCUUUAAGAAAAGUUCCAGGUUAUGGAGAAAAUAUUAGAGAAAGGUUCGAAAGAUCCUUAGAUUUAUAUUUGGCUCCACGUGUACGUAAAAAUGUAUUAAACAUUGACCCCGAAUCCUUAAUCCCUGAACUGCCAUCACCAAAGGAUCUAAGACCUUUCCCAAUUCGUUGUUCUACGAUAUAUGCUGGCCAUCAAGGUAAGAUUCGUACAUUAUCUAUUGAUCCAUCAGGGCUAUGGUUAGCAACAGGUUCAGACGAUGGUACUGUAAGAGUAUGGGAAAUCUUAACAGGUAGAGAAGUCUAUAAUGUGACAUUAAUUGAAGAUACGGAAGAAAAUACUGAUGAUCAUAUUGAAUGUAUUGAAUGGAACCCAGAUAAGGAAACUGGUAUCUUGGCUGUAUCUGUUGGUGAACAUAUUCAUUUAAUUGUCCCACCAAUCUUUGGUUUUGAUAUCGAAAAUAAAGGGAAAAGUAAGAUUGAACAUGGGUUUGGUUUUGACACUUUUGGAUCUAUUAAGAAAUCAAACCUUGAAGUGAAUGGAAGCGAUGAUGAUGAAAAUGCUGCAAAUGGUGAAAAUAUUGCUGCUGUUAAGAAACAAGUUGCACAAUGGAAUAAACCAACUCAAAAGCAAUUGGAAAAAGAUAUAUGUAUUACUAUUACCUGUAGAAAAACUGUUAAACGUCUGUCAUGGCAUAGAAAGGGUGAUUAUUUCGUCACUGUACAACCAGAUUCUGGUAGUACAUCAGUCCUAAUCCAUCAAGUCUCAAAACAUUUAACUCAAUCCCCAUUUAAGAAAUCUAAAGGUAUUAUAAUGGAUGCCAAAUUCCAUCCAUUCAAACCACAAUUAUUCGUUUGUUCCCAAAGAUAUAUUAGAAUCUACGAUUUAUCACAACAAACUUUAGUGAAAAAACUUUUACCUGGUGCUCGUUGGUUAUCUAAGAUUGAUAUUCAUCCAAGAGGUGAUAAUUUAAUUGCAUCUUCAUUUGAUAAAAGAGUAUUAUGGCAUGAUCUGGAUUUGGCAAGUACUCCAUAUAAGACCCUAAGAUAUCAUGAUAAGGCAGUAAGGAGUGUAAAUUUCCAUAAGAAAUUACCAUUAUUUAGUUCGGUGGCAGAUGAUGGGAACAUUCAUAUCUUCCAUGCUACUGUAUAUGAUGAUAUGAUGAAGAAUCCAAUGAUUGUCCCAUUGAAGAAAUUGAGCGGCCAUAAAAUUAAGAAUAACUUAGGUGUUUUAGAUGCUAUUUGGCAUCCAAAGGAAGCUUGGUUGUUUUCUUCUGGGGCUGAUAAUACAGCACGUUUAUGGACCACAUAA